UUCGAAACCCUGUAUGAUAAUUAACAGUUCCCACAAAUGGUGAUAGUUUAUGUCUAAAUAAUAAAUUUUCAAGAAACCAUAAACGUAUGAUCCAACAAUAAAAUCACUAAGCUGACAGCGGUUUGUUUACUAUCUGUCAAACUUUUUGACAUUUAUGUCAAUUUUGGGUACGUCAAAUGCCAUAAUUUAUUCGCGCACCGUUUAUAAUUUAUAGUUUAUAUAUCAUUCUGAGCAAAAUAGACGAAACAUUCAAUACUGACCUGUAUUAGCUUAUCGGUAAAAAAACACUUAUCAUUAAAAACGUACAUCUAUGACUGAAAGUGUUGUUUGUUUGUUUUACACGGUAGUCAGUACUGGCCCUUUUGUACAUUCGUAUGGCGCUUAGUAGCAAAAUUCAGCUAAAAUCAGCAUCCACUCUUAUCGCAUCGCUUCACUGCUGCUAGAGUACGAACCCCAGUAUCAGAGGCAAAUUUUUAUUAGAAAAACAACACGCUCCUUCUGCUACCAUCGAAGUCAUCGGCCGGUAACGACAAACUGUGACUGUUCUGACGUAACUGCCGCCUGCCUUUUUGGCCUGUUGGACAGUCGCCUGUGCUUAUGAAAGCGAAAUAAAUAAGUAACAUCACGUCUCCGUUUGCUAAACGAAUUAUUGUUUGAAAAAGAUUUUACCAAAGGUUGGUCCAUUGUUGAUCGUAAUUUUGUUAUUGCGUGCGCCAGAAUUUGUUCCACUCCUCUCCUGGGUCGAAAUAAUUCACCGGACCAAACCUAGCAAAAGUAUUGCACAAGUAUUCAAAUUUAAAUGUGUUUUUUACAUUUUUUUUCUUAUAACCUCCUAGUGAAAGAUAAGUGAAAGUGUGGCACUUAAAAGAAAAAUAAAAAGCUAAUGGAAAGAAAAAAAUCUUUAAUGGUGAAAAGUCUCCAGAACCUCCCUCCGGCGGGUUCGAUUGCAGGAAUAACUCCACGACGAAAGUACCUUCAGCUGCUGGAGGGUUUGUGAAAAAGUUGAGAAUUUUCACCUAAUCUUAUUAUUUCAUUCCGAUAAGCUUUGGUCAGUAAAAGUGUAGAAUGUUUGUGGUUAUCAUCCUGGUGAAAGGUGAUAAAAAAACGAAGACAUUUGUUCUAUUAUUAUUUCCCUUCUUCACAAGCGGCUAUGAUUUAUUGCCCCUUCGAAACGAAACUUGAAAUAUAUCUUUUUCGAUUUAAACAUUGUUCGAAAAACCACUGGAAACAGAUUUGGGAAGUUUAAGAACAUUUCAAAUUGCUUUUGUAUAAACAAAGCUAAGAAUUCUCUAAAAGAUGGGGUGCGUGUGGUGGGUCAAAGUCAUCAGAUCUCUUAUGUUUGCACCAGAAGAACAGUUUAAAUCGUUCAUCAAUUCCAGCUCACGUAGCAGAUGAACAUUAUUCAGUUCUGGUGCUUUGUGGUCAUGCUGUAUAAUUUGCAUAUUGGAGUAUGAAUUAAUCAAUUAUUUAAACGUGUUCAAAACAGAUCAAUUAGACAGCAUCUAUAUAGAGCAAAUGUACCACGAAAACGUGCUCAUCACAUAUUUUGUGAAAUUAUUAAUUGAAAUUAUUUAAGGCAAUACUAAAUUCACAUCAUUCAGCCCUGUCGGAUUCAUAAUUAUGUUCAUAUUACGCUAUAGUGUGUUAAUAAAAUUUAUCAGAAAUAUUAUUAUUAUUUUUUCCAAUCUCGAAAUUAAUUUUGUUUGAUGCAAUGUAACUACAAAACCGUGUAAAACAAGUUAAGUAAAAACUCUCUAAUUCGUCACAUUCUUCCAUCGAUUGAUGAUUGACGUGGCUUUAACUUGUAAUGACAUUAAUUGCGUUUUAAAAUUGCAUUCUCGCUCUCUCUCUUUUUCCCAUUUCUAUAUCUGCUUUAUAGCAACUAGUAACGCCACCAGUUGCAUUCCUUACCGCCAGAUCGAAAAAAACACGAACCGUCGUUGUUUGCAUCCCACCAGACUGAACCAUCAAUCCGAUUGCCUUAUACUGGCUAAUAUUCGAUAAAAAUAGAUUUGUUUGUUCCACCCCUUGUUGUACCACCCGCAACAGCAGCAGCAUCACCACCACCGAUUUUGGGGUGGCGAUUGAGCGAAGAUGUUGUUGUGAACAUUCCAUUCCCGCGCAAAGUAAUGGCGCACUACAGUAACGCAUUGCGAUGCGUGUUCGCGCGUUUGUACGUAAAUCGGGACUUUGAUUUGAUGUCUGUUUUAUCACACUCCACCGACCGUUAUUGUGGAACAUUCGAUACAAUGUUUACCCCGUGUUCGUUCGGGUGGUGGGGGGAAGGAAAACUUCUCUUUCUUUUUUCUUAUUUCCGUAACGAGGCGAUAACAGCGAGUGAAAAUAUUUCAACGAUUGUGUGGAAAAUUGUGUUACACGUGAUAGUUUGAAAAUCGUACUUUAGCUCAAAGAUAAAUCUGUCAGCACUUAACUGCCAUUUCCUUUGCCUCCCCGGGACGAUCGAUCGGUGGUGGAUAAUAAUUGACAGCUUGUUUCAAGAAGGCGUGUGAAGUACCGAAGAUAGUACCGAACAACAACAAAAAAGGAUCCCAGCAAAAAAAAAGCAAGAAAUUUUGUCUGCUGUACUCGGGCGAGUGUUUUUUUCAUCAAAGAGAAGGAACAUCACGUACCGAUCUUCGCAAUCCCGUACACCCUCCAAAAAAGCACCUGGAUCCAUCCGACGGCGGUGAAAAAUUACGAUCCGCUGGGAAAAGCAAACAAAAAGACCUCCCACCCACCGUCUCCGGCAUUACCGGCACCUUGAGGAGUGUGACGCACACUGGAACGCCGAGCCCAGGCAACAAUGUAAAUGUCGAAUAACAUCACGUACCUUUUGCCCGGAUUCAUAGCCAAUUGCUGCGCGUGAUUGAUGCUAGCUCGGUGGUACGGUAGAACGAUGAGGCCAAGGAGUGCCGCAACACCGAACCUAUUAAAAGAAACAAAUUACAUACGAGCGGAUACACCCGAUCGAGAAGAUACGGCGCAACAAAACAUCACACUUUAGCUAAGUGUGUAUUGGAAGUGUUGAAUCCACUAGCGUAGAAACUCUAGAACCACGCACUUGCACAUCACAAACGGGUGAGAGAGGAAGGUGAUUUGAAAACUCUGUGCCUCUCACAAUCGGACCACAACCGUUCAGUGAUACGGCGUAUCCACUUGCCUUCCCGUUUGUAUCGGAGGUGGAUAUUGUAAUAGGAGGAGGUGACGUCGCGCUAAGCGAGGUCAAUCCUCAUCAUGAAAGCAUCGGAAUCCACGAUAAAGCUAUGGAGUGCCACAUCGUCACCAUCGGCCAGUACCGAACACCUUUACCCACACAGUCCAGAGUUAGUGCCCGGUACGCACUGGGUGCACGUAGGUGGAGCGGACGGUGGCAGUGCACACGGUUCGACAUCGCAUCGACAGACCGGCGAUCAGCAGCACCCGCAGACGACGGUUGGUUCGGACACGACCGGUGGCACACGGACGCAGUCGGCGAACGAACACAUCACACUAAAUCUUGCCGGCUGUUCAGCUGAUCUCCGGAGUAUGAAGUGUGCAGUUAAUGGUAGUGGACGACCACGAGCCAGCAGGUCGUCAGAUCAGCAGCAGAGUUCUGGUGCGGGCGCGGACGCUACCUACGGAGUCAGUGUCGCACCAUCGAGCGCUGCGUACGGUUUAGCUAGUGUAAAUAGCAAUCACGGUGUUGGGCUGCCGGCCGGUACGAGUAGUGCGAGUAGCCGCAGCCGACACAGCGGUUACAGUGCCAGUAGCUACAGUAACGGAAGCAUCGCCGGCUUCAACAUCAACGGUAGCGGUGGUGAGCGAAGUGCCUGUCUGCCAGUAAUUUCCUGCUGCUACGUCGGCAAGAUGCGCAUGUUCGUGAUCCUGCUUGCCGUAUCCUGCAUCACCGUGUUCGGAUUUGCACACUAUAUGGAUAGUUCGCCGAUUACUAGUCUUAUGCAUCGUGAUGCAAGGCCACCGGCGCCACAGAUUCACUGCCGGAUGCUGAACGGGAAAACCGCAAUCGAUGGUGCGCUUACGCCGGACCACCGGUCCGAGGCACGGUUGCGCAUCGAUCCGAAGGUGCUGGUCUUUGUCGAGACGACCUACACACAGCUGGGCAAGAGCAUCACCGAGCUGCUCGUGCACAAUCGCAUCAAGUACAAAGUAGAGGUAGCCGGCAAAAGUCUCCCGGUACUGACGAAUCAGGAUAAGGGCCGUUAUGGCGUGAUUGUGUUCGAAAAUUUAGACAAAUAUCUCAACAUGGACAACUGGAACCGGCAGCUGCUGGACAAAUACUGUCGGGAUUAUUCGGUCGGCAUCAUUGGCUUCGUGAGUCCGAGCGAGGAAACGCUGGUCGGUGCCCAGUUGCGUGGUUUUCCGCUGUACGUGCACACGAAUCUGCGGUUACGGGAUGCGAGCUUGAAUCCUGGUUCACCCAUCCUUCGGCUAACGCGUGCCGGCGAUACUGCGUGGGGUCCACUGCCUGGCAACGAUUGGGCAAUAUUUCAGCACAAUCACAGCGGAUACGAACCGCUCGAGUGGGCCCAGAAGAACGUGAUGGACUACCCGACGGACGGUGUUGCCCAGCCCCCGUUAGCUACUGUGCUGCAGGACCAUGGACAGGUGGAUGGCAUCCAGCGAAUAUUGUUCGGUUCGGGAUUGAAAUUUUGGCUGCAUCGAUUGCUGUUUCUUGAUUCACUUUCCUAUUUGAGCCAUGGACAGCUGAGCCUGAACUUGGACCGGCGUAUCCUGAUUGACAUCGACGAUAUCUUCGUUGGCGAAAAGGGAACUCGACUGAAGCCGGACGAUGUGCAUGCGUUGAUUGCAACCCAGAACCGCAUCGGUGAGAUGGUUCCUGGUUUUCGGUUUAAUUUGGGUUUCUCCGGAAAGUACUUCCAUCAUGGGACGCACGAAGAAAAUUUGGGCGAUGACAUGCUCCUUCGUAAUGUGGCCCAAUUUAACUGGUUCUCGCACAUGUGGAACCAUCAGCAACCGCAUCUGUACGACAAUGUGACACAACUCAUGAACGACAUGAUGCUGAACAAAGACUUCGCCAAGGAGCACGGUAUACCGACCGAUUCGGGAUAUUCCGUUUCGCCGCAUCAUUCGGGUGUGUAUCCUGCACACGAGCUGCUCUACACCGCCUGGAAGAAGGUUUGGAACAUUAAGGUCACCUCGACCGAAGAGUAUCCCCAUCUUCGACCGGCGCGGUUACGCCGUGGUUUCAUUCACCGUAACAUUAUGGUAUUGCCCCGGCAAACUUGUGGUCUGUUUACGCACACGAUCUGCAUCGAUAGCUAUCCCGGUGGGCGCGAUAAGCUGGACGAAUCGAUCCGCGGUGGGGAACUGUUUCAAACCAUCGUGUACAAUCCGAUCAACAUCUUCAUGACGCACAUGUCCAACUAUGGCAACGAUCGGUUAGCACUGUACACGUUCGAGUCCGUUAUUAAAUUUCUGCGCUGUUGGACCAACCUGAAGCUAACGUCCGUACCGCCGCUACAGCUUGGCGAGCUAUACUUUAAGCUGCACCCGGAAGAACGUGAUCCAAUCUGGGGCAAUCCGGCGGAUGAUCCACGGCAUGCGAAAAUCUGGGCUGGUAACAAGCGACGCACCACACUACCGAAGCUGCUAGGGCUCGGACCACAGAAAACGGGCUCGACAGCGUUCUAUACGUUUCUGAGCAUGCAUCCGGCGGUCGCGAGCAAUCUGCCCAACUCGGACACGUUUGAAGAGAUUCAAUUUUUCAACGGAAAUAACUAUUACCGGGGAUUAGAUUGGUAUUUGAACUUUUUCCCACUGCAACCGAACGAUACGGACGAUAAGUUUAUGUUUGAAAAGUCGGCCACUUACUUCGAUGGGGAGCUGGUACCGAAACGUGCCCAUGCACUGUUACCGAAAGCACAGCUGGUAACUAUACUGAUAUCGCCCGCGAAACGAGCCUAUUCUUGGUAUCAGCAUAUCAAAGCGCACGGUGAUCCGAUUGCGAAUAACUACAGCUUCUAUCAGGUCAUAACUGCCUCAGAUGCGGAACCGAAAGCAUUGCGUGAUCUGCGCAACCGUUGCCUCAAUCCGGGCAAGUACGCGCAACAUCUUGAACGAUGGCUCGCGUGUUAUCCACAGCAGCAGCUGUACAUUAUCGAUGGCGAGCAGCUAAAGUCGAACCCGGUGACGGUGAUGAAUGAUUUGCAGCGUUUCCUAAAGCUACCACCGUACGAUUACAGCCGACAUUUGCGCUUCGACAAUAAGAAGGGUUUCUACUGCCAGGUGGUGUCCGAUAAUCGUAACAAAUGUCUCGGCAAAUCGAAAGGUCGCCAGUAUCCACCGAUGGACGAUCGGAGCGCCAAAAUGCUCCAAAAAUACUAUCGCAUCCACAAUCAGGCACUGGUGAAGCUGUUGAAGAAAUUAGGCUCACGUCCAAUUCCCCAAUGGCUGAAGGAGGAUCUAUCGGUGACAUCUUAACGAACGUGAUGAUGCCGCCGUUGAUGCCUAAAAGAACGCAUAAAGCGUUUUGUGUAUUCCACUACUUUACCUAACACGACCGUUGCGUUGGAUUGUGUGCGGGUAGAAUGCGGGUAAAUGAGUGUGUAAGGCAGCAGCAUUAGUUAAGCAUAUAUAUUAACUGUACAGCUUGUAAAAAAGUGUCACGUGGAUGUUGGUAUCCAGAAACGAGAUGCACUAAUGCGUAAGGUUUUAAGCUAGACGUUAGGCCAGAUUUAGUCAGUCAGUCAGAUAUUUCCCCGCUGUCCAUGAACCGCUGUGAUGUGAGAAGUGUGUAUCAUAUUUUUGCUAGUAUUACGUGGGUUCCUUCGUGUUAUGCGUUGUGUCGUGCGCAACUGUGUAAGUUAAGUUCUUUUAGCCAUAAUGCUCUGGCAGGGUAUUUCUGGUAUUAUGUUAUUGGAAUGUUUCAACUACAUUGUCUUACAAUGCAAUGUGUUCAAGUGAGCAAACAUUAACGUAAGCUUCAGUUUAGACGAUCCAUUCCGUUGGAGAUAUAUUUCCAUCGUUGGAAGUCAAAGGAUCAAUUAUCUUAAGAAAGAUACCUCAGGGUCCGUUCUUACUUUGGCAGCAAACAGCAACUCAUUUGCAGCUAAAUUUUUGGGAGCUAGUGAUUAUUAAAUUAUUUAAGUCGUUUAUUAUGUGGCGCUAUUCAUUGUCUUGUGAACAUUCAUACGAUAUGUUUGAUCGUAUCUUAAGUACUGUUUUAAAACAAUGUUUAGUCGGUCACGACAGUUCUGCUGCUACUGCAGUAUAUGGUGGAACUGAUCUGCUUUUGAAUGAAGUGAGUAAAUUUGGUAAAUUCAAGAGUACCCGAUGUAGCCAUCGAGCCAUACCUAUGUAAGUGAUAUUAUUAUUUCCUUUCUUUAUUUUUAUUUUGCUCAUCUAACUCCACUCGUUAGUACAACAUUAAAAGAAGGGGUUAAGCGACGACUAACAUGUAAUUAAUUCGAUGGCCACUCGUCAUUUAACAAGUGUUUAAUUUAAACGUAAAGCAAAACAAAACAUAAAUGCUCGAUAUUUUAAAAAGCUGACUGGACAGGAAGGGGUAUGUCUGAUGCGAAAAGGAACAAAAAAUAACACACACAAAAAAACGCCAGUACUUACAACGGAAAACUGGUUGUACGUUGCCUUCAGUUUUGUUUUCAUAGUUUUACACACAAGGUACUUAACGAUUUAAUUUUAAACUCAUGAAACGAACGAAAGUGUAACAGGGCAAUACAACCAGAUAAAGGCGUUGUUUAGGUUCGCAGCUUUUUUCAGCAGUGUAAAGAAAGUAUGCUUUAAUGCGAAAGUUUAACAACAACAAAAGUUAUCAAUUACUGUUUCGUGCAGCGAAAACGAAUAAAUGUAGGAUAUUAAGAAACAAACCAAAAAAAAACAAAACA